AUGGUUGAUCUGAAGUCCAAUACCCUGACCCUAAUAUUCGGGCCUCAAGAUCCCGACAUCGACAACGGACACCUAGACGGCCUUCGAAAAGAGUUGUUGGAAGCAUCUCAUCUUCAAUGGAUAGUCGAUCUUCUGACGAAGCUACCACAAGAGUGGGCGACCAUCUCUGCAGCGCACCCCGAGCUCCAGGCCUUCCAGGGUAGAAAAUACCUUCAGCUGCUCAGCGAAUGGAUGAGAAGGGGAGUAUUACCGCACGGUCUGUUUCCGUUGCCUAAUAUCUUGGUCACACCGUUGGUUGUAACAACACAGUUGGUACAAUUUACCAAAUUCCUGGAGCAGAUAAAGCCAAAAAUUACACGGGAGGAUUCCCUAAAGGAGGUAUUGAAGAUCGAUACCGAUACAACUGGCCUCUGCACUGGACUGUUGAGCAGCGCUGCUGUUGCCAGCUCGGGGAGUCUUGCAGAACUUGAAAAAUAUGGCGCGGCAGCUAUCCGAAUGGCGAUAUCAAUUGGCGCGCUGGUUGAUGCAGGUGACUCAGAAGUUGAAGACGGUGAUAAGUGGCAGUCUCUCGCGGUUGGAUGGACAACCCAGACGGCGGAGGCGAAGCUGUAUAGCAUCUUGGAGCAUUUCCCCGAGGCAUACAUAUCUGUUAUUUCAGAAGCCCGCCUAGCCACACUCACUGUCCUCAAGGUGGAUUCAAGUGAAAUCGAAGAGCAGUUGAAAGACGGCGGCUUGAUUUUCACAAAGACAACACUGCGUGGACCCUUUCAUUGUGAACGGCGCGAGGACCAGGCGACAGCCCUUCUGCAUCUCUUUGACUCGGAGUCCGCUUUCCAUUUCCCGGCCACCUCGCAGCUUGCCUUUAAAGCACGGGCAGCCGAUGGCUCUGACCUCCCCACCGACGAAAAGCUUCACCAGAUGGCUGGUCGCGCAAUGCUAACAGAGCGGGCUGAUUGGCACAAGCUGUUUACGACACUUCAUGAAACAACCUCCCUGGCUGUAACAUUCGGAAGUCAGCGUUUCGUACCACAGUGGUUCCUCCGCAAGCUUGGACCUAAGUUGUCGUAUGCAGCCGAUCUCGAUAUUCAGGUGGGUAAAUGCCCUGCCCCAAUGUAUGCUCUAUUCGACUCUGCCCAAGACCACUCCAUCGCCGUGGUUGGUAUGGCUUGCCAUUUCCCUGGCGGUAGAGACAUCGAUGAGUUUUGGAACACCAUUUGCGCAGGAGAAUCGCAGGCCCGCGAGGUCUCAGCCGACAGAGUGAAUUUUGAGUACGCGGCCUGGCGUGAGAGCAACGCAGAGCGAAAGUGGUUUGGAAAUUUUGUAAAAGAUCACGAUGUCUUCGACCACAAGUUCUUCCAGAAGAGCCCGAGAGAAAUUGUUUCGACUGACCCUCAACACCGACUAAUGUUGCAAGUUGCCUAUCAGGCGGUGCAGCAGUCCGGGUACUUCAAUAAGCCAAGUUCCAGCCGACAUGUUGGUUGCUACGUCGGCAUUGGCGUAACAGACUAUGAGAACAAUGUCGCAUGUUAUGAGCCCACAGCAUACACGGCGACGGGAAACCUCAAGUCCUUCGCCGCUGGAAAGAUUAGCCACUUCUUCGGUUGGAGUGGACCUGGCGUGACGAUCGAUACAGCCUGUUCAUCCUCCGCCCUGGCGGUGCACCACGCGUGCAGCGCAAUUCUGAGUGGCGAGUGUGAUGCCUCCCUCGCUGGCGGUGUUAAUCUUAUGACAAGCCCUGAAUGGUAUCAGAACCUCGCCGGGGCGUCGUUCCUCAGCCCUAGUGGGCAAUGCAAGCCAUUUGACGCGGCAGCGGACGGUUAUUGCAGAGGAGAGGGCGCGGGUGCCGUUUUCCUGAAGAAAUUAUCCGCCGCGGUCGAGGACGGUGAUCAGAUCCUCGGUGUUAUCAAGGGAUCUAGUGUGAACCAAAACGAGAACUGCUCGGCAAUUACCGCCCCGAGUGUUUUGUCUCUUGGCAAUGUAUUCAACAGCGUGCUCAGGAAAGCCAGACUUGACCCCAAGCAGAUCUCUGUGGUAGAGGCACACGGCACAGGAACGCAGGUCGGCGAUAAAGCAGAGUACGACAGUGUUCGCAAAACGCUAGGUGGACCAGGCCGUGCGCAGCCUCUGAAUUUGGGAUCUGUUAAGGGUCUCAUUGGUCACUUAGAGUGUGGCUCUGGCAUCGCUGCGUUGAUCAAAGUGUUGCUGAUGAUUCAACAUGGCUCUAUUCCUCCGCAGGCCGGCUUCAACACCCUAAACCCAAAGUUGAGGGCCUUGCCAUCAGAUAAUAUUGACAUAUCCAAGAAUCUCAAGCCCUGGAAAGCAGACUUCCGUGCAGCACUCCUGAACAAUUACGGUGCUUCUGGCUCGAACGCUUCGCUGAUCGUAACCCAGGCAAGCCAAGUGCCACGCGACGGCGAGCCUUUGGAAACCUCCGUCGGAUACAAGCGUCCCUUCUGGUUCUCUGGCUUGGACAAUCAAUCUUUGCGAUCAUACGCGGCCAAGACGAUCGAAUUUCUCCGAUCGAGAAAGACGAAUGACCACCAUUUCUCAGUCGCAAAUCUAUCUUUCCAACUAGCUCAUCAGUCAAAUCGCUCCCUUGGAGAGUCACUGAUCUUCAGUUGUGCAUCAAUCGACGAGCUCGAAGCGAAACUUGCCAAUUUUGCAAACGGGCGUGGCGAAUUGGCCUCAACAACCGGAAAGCAGCCAUCGAGACCAGUUAUUCUUUGCUUCGGUGGCCAACGAUCGAACUUUGUCGGUUUAGACCGAGAAGCUUAUGAGUAUUUCCCACUGCUACGUGCCCAUCUCGACCAUUGUCACGAGGUCUGUCUGUCGCUCGGGCUGGGAGGAAUUGUGCCAGCAAUAUUUGAGCGUACGCCGAGGGAAAGUAUUGUCGAAUUGCAGACAAUGCAGUUUGCUCUGCAGUACUCCUGCGCCAAGAGCUGGAUCGAGAGUGGCCUGCAAGUCUCAGCGCUUGUCGGUCACAGUAUUGGUGAGCUCACGGCCAUGUGUGUAUCGGGUAUGCUAUCAGUCGAGCACGCUCUGAAAUCGAUCUCCAGAAGAGCCAAAAUUAUUGAAGAGAAGUGGGGUGUGGAGAAGGGUUGUAUGUUGGCUGUCGACGGAGAGUUAGAUAACGUACAACAACUGCUGCGACUGGUGAAUGCCGAUUCCUCUGCUCCCGUCAAUAUUGCCUGCUUCAACGGACCUCGCAACUUCACCCUGGCCGGCACAGCUUCCGACAUAGAACUUGUCAAGAAGACAAUAUCCAUUAACCCCGCCUUGUCUAACAUCAAGACAAAGGCCCUGGAUACCACCCACGCUUUCCACUCCGCAUUGGUGGAUGAUCUUGUCCCCGCACUUGAGAAGCUUGGAGAGGAUGUGAUCUUCCGCAAGCCAGCUAUUCACCACGAGCGAGCAGCUCAAGACAGCACUAGCAGCCCGCCCCCCUUUGCGGUCUUUGCUUCUCAUAUGAGAGACCCUGUCUAUUUUGACAAAGCAGUGCAACGUCUCGCAGAUCGAUACCCUUCAAGCAUCUGGCUGGAGGCGGGUUCAGGGUCGGGCGUAACAGCUCUUGCUAACAGAGCUGCUGGAUCCCAGAAUAUGACUUUCCAAUCCAUUAACAUCACUAGCUCGGGAGCCGUCGAUAACAUCACCGAUGCGACAGUAAACCUGUGGAAGGCAGGCCUCAACGUGUCUUUCUGGGAGCAUGUUAAACCUGCAAUCAACUGCCCCCUACUCUUGCUACCACCGUACCAGUUUACCAAGUCGCGACAUUGGCUGGAGCGCCGCAAGCAGGAGCUCAAACAAAUUGAGUCCGUCGUGCAGGUACCCGAGGCGCGCACAGGCAUGUGGUCAUUCAUAGGCUACGACUCCACAAAUACAAACGCACGGUUCCAGGUUCACACCAAGUCUGAAGAAUUCCAGGAUUAUGUCGGAGCCCAUUUCAUCGCACAAACGGCAGCCAUUUGCCCCAGUAUGGUCCAGCAGGUUAUCGCUCGUGAUGCAUUGGCGACCUUGGUUGACGACCCAAAUCUCUCUGCUGGGCUUGAAUGCAUGGAGAGCGAGUCCCCGUUAUGUCUGGGCGGUUCCAAGCAAGUCUGGCUCGAUGCCAAGGUGGUUGAUGACAGCCCGCUUACCUGGAAAUUCCAUAUCACCAGCACAGACCACACGGAGGAGGUCACACAACACGUUUCAGGCCGCAUGGUGUUCCGCUCGCCUGGAGAUGCUGCUCAGAUCUUUGACACUUAUGAGCGACUGGUUGAUCACAAGCGUGCUAUGGCUCUCCUCGAUGGAGAAGAGUCCGACCAAGUCAUCAAGGGCAGCCGUAACAUCUACAGGGUAUUCACGCCCGUGGUACAGUACAACAAAGACAGUUACAAGGGACUGCAGAAGCUGGCCUCGGCCGGAAACGAGUCCGCAGGACGCAUCGUCAAACAAGAUUCAACGAAGACCAUCCUCAGCGUUGGUCUCGGUGAUACCUUCUGUCAAGUCGCCGGGAUCUUCUUGAACUGCAUGGCAGAUAGCACGGAAGGCAAUAUGUAUCUGUCUAAUCGAGUUGACCGGUGGAUUCGUUCGCCUAGCUUCCCAGUUGAUGCACGACCAGAGCGGUGGGACGUGUAUGCGCGCCAUCAACAAUCACCGAAGGCAUACGUGAGCGACUUGUUCAUCUUCGAUGCUGACAGUGGCAAACUGGUGUGGGUCGUUUUGGGUCUCCACUUUGUCGAAGUAUCAAUCGCCGGCAUGUCACGACUCUUGUCGAAAUUGACUGGGACCCAGCCUGCACAACAGGCAGCUCCCACUUCGGUGACUGUAACCGACGUGGCCCCGAUCAAGUCAUCUGCCAAGAAGGAUAUUCCGGUUCGAGAAUUCAAAACCACCAAGCCAGCUAGCAAUCCUACAAUUAGCAAAAAGCAACCGAGUGCAAAGAAAGACGAAGGGCCUGACGUUCUCAGUGGUGUUCGGGCUUUGUUCAUCAACUUGUUGGGCCUUGAAGCGGACGAGAUACAACUCAAUUCUGACCUUGUUGAAUUGGGUAUUGACUCGCUCCUGGCCAUGGAGGUUGCUCGCGAGGUGGAGAAGAAGUUCAACAUCAAGUUUGAGUUGGAGGAGCUCAUGGAUAUGACAGACGUGCGGAGCUUGGUGAACGGCAUUCGAGCCAAUAUGGGGGCAUCCGACUCCUCCGGAACAGAAGAAGACAGCAGCGACGAGAUUGCUACAAGCUCCUCUAUCAGCGAUUCUAUUAUGACCCCAGGCGGCGAAAUUGAUGGAAUCCACAAGAGCGAUGCGCAACUCCCCACCCGUUCUAUUGCCGACAUCUUCACAGAAACCAAACUCCUGACGGAUCAAUUCAUUGAGGAAAACCAACUCUCUGGCUAUUCUAAUCACGUGCAGCCCAAGCUAACUGAGUUGGUCAUUGUCUACACGCUGGACGCCCUCGACCAAAUGGGAUGCUCUCUUCGUUCUGCUCAGCCCGGCGAGACGAUCGCUCAAAUACCUCAUCUCCCCAAGCAUGACAAGGUUAUGGCUGUUCUGCGAGGGUUGCUAGAAAAGGCCCGCCUUGUGGACGUCGAGGGCUCGGCAUUGAUUCGCACAGCGCUUCCAGUACCAUCCAAAUCCGCCUCCAAGCUGCUAGACGAGCUUCUACAUGAGUACCCUGAGCACUACUACGACCAUAAGCUCACCAGCCUGACUGGGUCCAAGCUGGCGGAUUGCCUGACGGGCAAGACAGAAGGUAUCCAGCUGCUCUUUGGCUCUGCCGAGGGACGAGAACUCGCGGCGGGGAUGUAUGGGAAGUCUCCCAUCAAUGUGGCCUGGCUGCGACAACUGGAGUAUUUCUGGGAGCAGUUGAUGGCCCACCUCCCAACGCAACGCGGCGAACCAAUUCGCAUUCUGGAGAUGGGUGCUGGUACAGGUGGUACGACGGCAGCAUUGUUGCCACUUUUGGCGCGCUCCGGUGUCCCAGUUGAGUAUAUUGCUAGUGACAUCUCACCAUCACUGGUUGCUGGACUCCGGAAGCGAUUCAGGGAGUACCCAUGGAUGCGGUUUGAGGUCAUCGACAUUGAGAAGUCAGCCCCUAUUAAGCUUCUGGAAAGCCAGCACAUUGUGCUUGCAACGAAUUGUGUCCACGCAACUCACAGUCUGGCAAAUACCACCAACAAUAUCCACAAGAUGCUUCGCCCCGACGGUUUCUUGAUCAUGCUGGAGAUGACCGAGGCGGUACCUUGGGUGGAUUCGGUAUUUGGAUUGGUUGAAGGCUGGUGGCUCUUCGAUGACGGUCGUGACCAUGCCCUUGCCCAGCCAGAGGUCUGGGAAAAGACGCUGCACCGCAACGGAUACGGCCACGUCGAUUGGACUGAUGGCAACCUGCCAGAGAACUCUAUUCAGCGCAUCAUCAUCGCCCUCGCUUCUCCCGAGAGUCACAGCCGGCUCCCGGCUGACUUAUCUGCUCGCCAAACAGUAACGGACUCGUUGGUCCAAAAGCACACCAGUGGCUUUGCAGCCCCAGUCCCGCGCCUGAUCGAUCAGAGCUCCUCGCGGUGUGUGCUUGUAACAGGCGCCACGGGCUGUCUGGGGUCCCACAUUGUGGGCCACCUCGUUGAACAACCGGGUGUUCGCAAAGUCAUCUGCCUGAACAGGGUGAGCAGUUCAGACCCAACCACUCGACAGCACGACGCUCUGUUCUCAAGAGACCUUAUACUUCAUGAAAAACUUUCAAAAUUGCAUAUUAUAGAGACGGACUCAUCUUCACCCAACCUCGGUCUCUGCCCCGAAGACUAUCGACAUCUAGUCACGAACGUCACAGAUAUCGUGCACAACGCAUGGGCUAUGAGCAUGACGCGCCCUGUGCGCGGAUUCGAACCACAGUUCAAAUCCAUGCGCAAUCUGAUCAACCUUUCUCGCGACUGCGCCUCGAAGGGGCGGAAAAUCGGGUUCCAGUUCAUCUCCUCCGUAUCCGUGGUAGGCAGUCAUCCUUUCCUGACUGGACAAGCACGAGUCCUGGAGGAAAGAGUCAACGCAGAAUCCGCUUUGCCAAUGGGUUACGCUGACGCCAAGCUUGUUUGUGAGCAUAUGCUCGACGAGACUCUGCACCGAUAUCCUGAGUUUUUCCGCGCCAGUUCUGUGCGCGUCGGCCAAAUCUCUGGAUCGAAAAUCAAUGGAAAAUGGAACCCGGUGGAACAUCUCGUGCACUUGAUUAAGUCAUCCCAGACACUCGGAGUAUUACCAGACUUGGACGGGGUUCUAUCCUGGUGCCCCGUCAACGACGUAGCCGCCACACUGUGUGAACUGCUGAUCGGGGAUCAGCCUGCAUACCCAAUUUAUCACAUUGAGAAUCCAGUGCGGCAACCGUGGCGCGAAAUGAUCCCCAUUCUUUCCGAUGCACUCAAUAUUCCGCAGAUCAACAUCGUUCCCUACGGUGAAUGGCUACAUCGUGUGCGCCAAUUCCCACCCAGCCUGAUGUCGGAGAACCCAGCGGCUCGGUUGGCGGACUUUUUCGAGACGGAUUUCUUGCGUAUGUCAUGCGGUGGAAUGAUACUGGACACGGCUCACACCAAAGAGCAUUCUGAAACGUUCAGGGGCUUGGGACCGAUUGACGAGUCGCUGGUUAGGAGGUAUAUACAGGCGUGGAAGGAGUCGGGAUUUUUGCAUUUCUAA